AUGUUGAAGGUCUUGACUCUGUUGACCCCUUCGCCAACAGAACCACUUCUCAAGUUCGUGAGGACAUCAAAUCUAUGCAAAGAGCCCCUGAUCCCAACAAUGCAAAUGCGACUAUUGGAGUCACCGCUCGCAAAGCAAGCGAUGACUAUUCAUCGUAUCUCCAAAUAUGGGAAGCUCCUCACUUUGGUUCAAAGAACCCAUACACCAGCCCUUGGAACCAUUCAAAAUCUCCUUUUUAUUGGUCAAUUCUAUGAUGAAAACCCAGAUCUUAUGGAAGGGGACUCCUACCCACUUCCUCCACAUCCUCCAAAGUUCAACAAUCGCGAUGGUCAAAUCAUGAUGGAAAACAUUGAAAGUUGGGCUCGUACUGCCUAUGGCUACCGUGGAAUUCGCCUUGAUUAUAUUUUCCGUGAAAACUCUGCACUUCCACUCGUCGGUGACCCUGGUUUUCUCAAAGCCGAUGAUGGCACUUGCUCCAUCCAGGAAGAACUUGUCCGACGUGCUGCCCAUACUGGCGCUGUUCGCCUUAUUGGAGCCUUCAACGACCUCGAGUUGAACGGUGAUCCACGCUCUGAUGCAAAUAAGGUUGACGUACUUCUUGAGAAAACUGUUGGAGAUUCCUCACUUUCCAAUGGAAGAUCACAUAUUACAGGAGAUGCCGUUCUCCGAUCCAAUUUCCAAGGUGCCAUCGAUUAUUUAACAACACAAGUCUUAGCUGCAGGUAACGACAACACCCAGCGCCGCAAUCGACAACUUGCUGCUUUCACACGUGGUGGUGGCGGACGUGGUGGUGAUGGGAGAAGUGGAGGCCGUGGCCAAGGAAAUGGCGCCUCAAAGCGCCUGCAAUCAAAUGUUCCAGAUCGCUUUAGCCGCAACGGUAUACUACUAAAUGAUGGAGGUUAUUCAAAUCAAAUUUGGAGAGAGGAGUUUACACAAGAAGAAAGAAAUAUCUGUUUAGAAAUGUGUCGCAACCGUCGCAAUGGUGGUGGUUGUGGCGGAAGAGGCCGUGAAGGCCGUGGUGGUCGUGGUCGUGGUAUCAGCGCUGUCCAUGAUGGACGAGCUGAUCAAGAAGAAACAAAAGAAGAUAACAAUGAUGGGCGUGGGGCAGGUGCAGGAAUGAGUCGUUGCCGUCGCAACAAUGGUGGAGACGAUUGA